AUGGUUUUUCAUGGAGAUCGAUGCAAUCUACCGAUUUGUAUGAUUCUUGUUAUGUUCCUCUUAAGUUUAAGAAAUGCCAAUUCAGAUGAUUCAAUUUUUUUAUCAGAUGAAACUUCAGCUAAUUCAUCAAACAUAACGUACACGAGUGCUAGUACUCCAGACACAUCAUUUAAUAGCACUUCAGAUGAUCCAGAAACUAGUACAGAUAUUACAAAUACUCUAGAACCUAGUACAGGUACUACAAAUAAUCCAGAACCUAGUGCAGGUACUACAAAUAAUCCAGGACCUAGUGCAGGUACUUCAGUUGAUCCAAAUCCUAGUACUAGCAGUGAAACAACAGUUGUCACAACUGGUUUAUCUACGUACAAGACAGAAAUAACGACUACAGAAACAAUGACUGCAACACAAUCGACUUCUACUAUGCAAAUAACUACGGGUAACGAGAGUGUUACUGAUACAACUACUACGAGCGGUAAUACUAAUGGUUGCUUUCCUGGUGCAUUUCCUUUUGGUAAUACCUGUAUAAGUCCUAUUGAGAAUGGUAGUGUUAUAAUAACUGCAUUGAUUCUAAGUAUUGUAUCAUUUAUUGGAGUUCUCGGAACUGCAUCGUAUAUGUUAUUUAGUCGUAAAUAUACUUCGAAGAAAGGACGUCCCAUUACAAAAAGUUAUAAUAUUCCACAACACGAAAUGGUAAAAUCACCGAGUAAAAUUGAAUCUGCACAUUCAUCGAUAUCAUCACCUAUUCGACAACAAAAUACUUCUGUGAAAGAGAAAUUUAGUAAUAAUUCAACUCCAUUGAAUCGAACAACAAUAACUAAAUCUAGUCGUGUAAAAGCAAAUGUACUGGAAAAACAGCCUGAAUAUAAUAUGGUUAAAAUGAAACAACGUCAAUCAUCUCACGAUCGAUCUAACCGACGUAUAUCUGCGUCUAAUUCAAAUCCUACCAUUAAUAAAGAGUCGGGACUUUUAGAUGUUACCGAUGAUGAUGAUGAUGACGACGAUGAUGAUAGUACUGCAGCAAUACUUCCUACUACGAAACGAAAGGUGCGCAUAUCAAAUGUCUUGAAAAAUAUUAUUGAUACUAAUCAACGCAAUAACUCGAAUCAAACAUAUAAUAAUUAUAAUGUGACCAUACCAACAUUACAAGCCUCAACAUCGAAUCCAUUUACAGAAUUACUUCCUAUUCCAGAAUUACCAAAAGGAAAACGAGUACAAUCGACAAAUUUUACUCAAAGAUCAUACGAAUCAUAUCAAUUACCUAUAAGACAAUCAACCAAUAAAUACGAAUAUGACGAUACAACUUCUUCAAAGUUCUGA